UUACCAAACCGUCACUCAGACGGAGCCACGUCCAAUCAUCUAGCGGCUUUUCAAUCCUAUAAUUUUGGCGGCGGUCGGAAGAUGGCGGAAAAUUUGAAAGUUUGUAGGGUAGCAUGCAUCGCUACUGUAGCCCAGCUGGAGGUGAUCUGUCGAGAGCAGGGGGUGAAGUGUGAUGAGCUGGGCAUCAACAAGCACAACCUGUGCGACUAUGAGGUGGAAUAUCUCUGCGACUACAAAAAGAAAGUCAUCAAUAUUGGGAAGAUACAAAUAGUACAGGAGUUAUACUUGGUGAAAUGGAAGGGCUACCCCGAAUCCAGCAACACUUGGGAACCACGGAAGAACCUGAAGUGCGUAGAUCUUCUCAACCAGUUCUGGGAGGACCUGAAUGCAGAGAUGCGGAGACAGAAGAAGCGUGCUGCCCCUCGUCGCCUAGACCCCACCACCGUGUCACAGCUCAUCCAGCGGGCCAAACUCAGACAGACCCUUAAACAGUGGGAGACACACCUCAACAGCCUGGGCACCCACAAGGGCCACAUCUACGUGCGGAACCAGGUCGACCUGGAAGGCCCGCCGAAGAACUUCACCUACAUAAACGACUAUAAAGUGGGUGAUGGGAUCUUGCUGAAUGAGGUAUCCGUGGGCUGCGAAUGCACAGACUGCCUGGAAAACCCUGUGGAGGGAUGCUGUGCCGGAGCAUCGCAGCACAAGUUUGCUUACAAUGAGUUAGGCCAGGUCCGCAUUCGGCCCGGGUUGCCCAUUUACGAAUGCAACAAGCGCUGCCGAUGCGGGAUCGACUGCCCCAACAGAGUGGUGCAGAGGGGAAUUCAGUAUUCCCUCUGCAUUUUUAGGACAGACAAUGGAAGGGGAUGGGGGGUAAAAACCAUGGAGCGCAUUCGGAAGAACACUUUCGUUAUGGAGUACGUCGGGGAGAUCAUUACAACAGAAGAAGCCGAACGCAGAGGUCACAUAUAUGAUAAAGAAGGCGCCACCUAUCUGUUUGAUCUGGAUUAUGUUGACGACGAGUACACCGUGGAUGCUGCUCACUAUGGAAACAUCUCUCACUUUGUCAAUCACAGUUGUGACCCCAACCUCCAGGUAUAUAAUGUGUUCAUUGAUAACCUGGAUGAGCGGCUGCCGCGGAUAGCGUUCUUUGCCACUCGUGGGAUAAAGGCAGGAGAGGAACUCACAUUUGACUACAACAUGAAAAUUGACCCAGUAGAUGCUGAGAGCACGAAGAUGGAUUCUAAUUUCAGUCUGACGGGACUCCCAGGCUCUCCUAAAAAGCGAAUGCGCGUAGAGUGCAAAUGCGGGGUGCCGACAUGUCGAAAGUACCUCUUCUAGAGGAAGUCCAUGCUAAAUAGGGACUGAAAGAAGAUCAUGUUCCAGUGAAUGUUGAAAGCAUCUGCAGUUUAGAAACUGUUUUG